AUGGGCGAUGACAUGCUCUUCCGCUGGCUGGCAAAGGACAAGGAAGGAAUUCCCCCAGACCAACAGCGUCUGAUCUUCGCCGGAAAGCAGCUCGAGGACGGCCGUACCCUUUCGGACUACAACAUCCAGAAGGAGUCCACUCUCCAUCUCGUGCUGAGACUCCGUGGUGGUGGUAAGAAGCGCAAGAAGAAGAACUACACCACCCCAAAGAAGAUCAAGCACAAGCGCAAGAAGACCAAGCUCGCUGUGCUCAAGUACUACAAGGUUGAUGGUGAUGGCAAGAUCGAGCGCCUGAGACGCGAGUGCCCUACCCCCGAGUGUGGCGCUGGUAUCUUCAUGGCCGCUAUGCACAACCGUCAAUACUGUGGCAAGUGCCAUCUCACCUACGUCUUCGAUGAGUCCAAAUAG